AUGCAAUACAUGAACAGGUUUGAGUUUGGUUUCUCCAUACUGCUUUUAUCACCAGUUGUCUGUUCCAUCAUGGCAUUCACAUGGUCCCUGCGUGCGGAAGAGAUGAUGAUGACAUCCAAACCACAGAAGUAUGGCUUCAUCGCGUGGCUGUUGAGUACAUGUGUUGGCUUACUUCUCUCUUUCUUGAGCAAGUCAUCAGUUAUAUUGGGUUUGUCUCUCACGGUCCCACUUAUGGUGGCUUGCCUCUCAUUUGCUAUUCCUAUAUGGAUGCGUAAUGGUUAUCGUUUCUGGAUUCCGGGAGGGGAACUUGAUAAUCGUGAAAAUAUUCGUCAAUCUCCAGGGAAGAAAGAGGGGACUCUCUUCGCAAUCAGCGUAGUUGUUUUCAUUGCAUCAGUUAUUGGCCUUGGCGCCAUAGUAUCGGCGAAGCCUUUAGAUGCUUUAGGCUACAGAGGAUGGGAUGCUGAUAAAAAGAGUUUUUACUCUCCCUAUGCAACAUCUAUGUAUCUUGGAUGGGCAUUAUCUUCCACAAUUGCGGUGCUUGUUACUGGGGUGAUACCUAUUGUUGCUUGGUUUGCCACAUACCGAUUUUCGCCUUCAUCGGCCAUAUGUGUUGGCCUUUUCGCAACUGUUCUUGUAUCCUUCUGCGGUGCAUCCUAUUGGGGAGUUGUAAAUUCACGUGAGGACGGGAUUCCUCUAAAGGCUGAUUUCCUGGCAGCACUACUCCCCUUACUUUGCAUUCCUGCAAUGUUUGCUCUGUUCACUGGGCUGUAUAAAUGGAAGGAUGAUGAUUGGAAGAUCUCCCGAGGAGUUUACCUUUUCGUCGGCAUGGGAAUGUUGCUAUUGCUUGGUGCUAUAUCAGCAAUUAUCGUCACAAUUAGACCUUGGACUGUCGGAGUCGCAUGCCUCCUAGUUACCCUGUUCCUUGUAUUUGCUAUUGGGGUCAUUCACUACUGGAAAUCUAAUAAUUUCUAUUUAACAAGAACACAGAUGCUACUUGUCUGUUCCCUUGCUUUUCUCCUCGUGCUGGCUGCCUUCCUUAUGGGUCUGUUUCAGGGCAAACCUUUUCUUGGAGCAUCUAUUGGUUAUUUCUCAUUUCUGUUUCUUCUCACUGGAAGGGCUUUGACUGUCCUUCUAUCUCCACCAAUUGUUGUUUAUUCACCACGGGUAUUACCCGUAUAUGUUUAUGAUGCUCAUGCAGACUCUGCCAAAAAUGUUAGUUACGCCUUCCUUAUCUUGUAUGGGAUUGCAUUGGCAACUGAAGUUUGGGGUGUUAUCGCUAGUCAAAUAAUGAAUCCACCGUUUGUUGGGGCUGCUAUUUGUGCUAGCACUCUUGUAAUUGCCUUCAGUUUCGCUGUUUCUCGUCCAUGCCUAACUCUUAAGAUGAUGGAGGAUGCCAUUCAUUUUCUCAGCAAGGACACAGUUAUUCAAGCAAUGUCACGGUCUGCUAACAAAACAAGAAAUGCUAUAUCCGGGACUUACUCAGCACCUCAGAGGUCCGCAAGUUCUGCUGCUCUUUUGGUGGGAGAUCCUGCUGUUACUUUGGAUAGGGCUGGGAACUUUGUGCUUCCUAGGGCUGAUGUUAUGAAACUGAGGGAUCGUUUGAGAAAUGAAGAAGUCACUACAGGGUCUUUCUUUUGUGGAGUAAAAAAUUGUUUCAUGGUUUGCCCUGGAUCCCCAGCAGACGUUGAUUAUCGGAGGAAUAUGUGUGCCCAUGCACGCAUCUUGGCUUUGGAAGAGGCAAUUGAUACUGAAUGGGUUUAUAUGUGGGACAAAUUUGGUGGUUAUUUGCUUCUGUUGCUUGGAUUGACUGCCAAAGCUGAACAAAUACAGGAUGAAGUUCGUCUUAGGCUAUUUUUGGACAGCAUAGGCCUUUCUGACUUAAGUGCUAAAGAAAUUAAGAAAUGGAUGCCUGAAGAUCGAAGGCAAUUUGAACUUAUUCAAGAAAGCUACAUAAGGGAGAAAGAAAUGGAAGAGGAGGUUUUGAUGCAAAGGCGAGAGGAAGAAGGGAAGGGAAGGGAAAGAAGGAAGGCAUUGUUGGAGAAGGAGGAACGCAAAUGGAAGGAGCUCGAAAUAUCAUUGCUGUCUUCUAUACCUAAUGCUGGAAGCAGGGAUGCUGCGGCUAUGGCGGCAGCUGUCAGAGCUGUGGGAGGUGAUUCUGCUCUGGAAGACUCUUUUGCCAGGGACAGAGUCUCGUCAAUAGCCCUUCACAUACGAAAAGCACAAUUGGCACGACGAGCAGAGCAGACUAGCAUUCCAGGUGCUGUAUGUGUACUUGAUGAUGAACCAAGGAGUACCGGACGCCAUUGUGGAGAAAUUGACUUGUGUCUUUGUCAAAGUCAAAGAGUGAGCUUCUCCAUUGCAGUAAUGGUUCAACCGGUAUCUGGUCCAGUCUGUCUUUUCGGAACCGAAUUUGAGAAGAAGGUUUGCUGGGAAAUCUUGGUGGCAGGGUCAGAACAGGGAAUGGAAGCGGGGCAGGUUGGUCUUAGAUUGGUAACUAAGGGUGAAAGGAUGACUACUGUUGCUAAAGAGUGGAAUAUUGGUGCGUCAAGUAUUGCAGAUGGCAGGUGGCAUAUCGUCACAGUGACUAUAGAUGCUGACCUAGGUGAAGCAACUUCUUUCAUAGAUGGAGUUUAUGAUGGAUAUCAGAAUGGAUUACCGUUGCCUAGAAACAACGGCGUAUGGGAACCUGGGGCAGAUAUUUGGGUUGGUGCGAGGCCACCCACAGACUUGGAUGCCUUUGGUAGGUCAGACAGUGAAGGUACAGACUCAAAGAUGCAGAUAAUGGAUGCUUUCUUAUGGGGAAGGUGUCUGACUGAAGAUGAAAUUGCUGCGCUAUAUACAAUCAUGAGUCCUGCGGAGUAUGGCUUUUUUGACCUUGCAGCUGAAGAUGCUUGGCAUGGAAGCUAUUCUGCUAGGGUGGAUGACUGGGAGAGUGAAGAAGCAAACUAUGAGCUAUAUGAUCAAGAGGAUGUUGAAUGGGACGGGCAGUAUUCAAGUGGUAGGAAACGUCCGGUGCGCGAUGCAGUAGCUAUUGACAUUGAUUCCUUUGCUAGAAGACCCAGAAAACCGAGGUUUGAGACACGAGAGGAAGUCAACCAGCGUAUGCUGUCUGUUGAAAGGGCUGUCAGGGAAGCUCUUAGUGCAAAAGGGGAGAGGGCAUUUACUGAUCAAGAGUUCCCUCCAGACGAUCGAUCUUUAUACGUGGAUCCAGGGAACCCUCCUCUAAAAUUGCAGGUUGUUUCUGAGUGGACGAGGCCUUCUGACAUAGCAAAGGAGAUAUCUAUUAGUUCUCAGCCAUGCUUGUUUUCUGGUUCCGUGAAUUCCUCGGAUGUAUGCCAGGGUCGGUUGGGAGACUGCUGGUUCCUGAGUGCAGUUGCAGUUUUAACUGAGAUGUCUCGUAUAUCUGAAGUUAUAAUCACUCCAGCAUACAAUGAAGAAGGGAUUUACACUAUCCGAUUCUGCAUUCAGGGUGAGUGGGUGGCUGUGGUCGUCGAUGAUUGGAUUCCCUGCGAGUCUCCUGGAAAACCAGCAUUUGCUACGAGUAGGAAACAAAAUGAGCUAUGGGUAUCCAUUCUUGAGAAAGCUUAUGCAAAACUUCAUGGCUCUUAUGAGGCGCUAGAAGGCGGGCUUGUGCAAGAUGCUCUAGUAGACCUCACAGGAGGAGCUGGCGAGGAGAUUGAUAUGCGGAGUCCCCAAGCACAGAUCGAUCUUGCUAGUGGAAGAUUGUGGUCUCAGUUGUUACAUUUUAAUCAAGAAGGUUUUCUUCUUGGUGCUGGAAGUCCCUCUGGCUCUGAUGCUCAUAUUUCAUCAAGCGGCAUUGUUCAGGGACAUGCUUACUCCAUUUUGCAGAUAAGAGAAGUUGAUGGCCACAAGCUUGUCCAAAUUAGAAAUCCUUGGGCAAAUGAAGUUGAAUGGAAUGGGCCAUGGUCAGACUCGUCACAGGAGUGGACUGAACGAAUAAAGCAUAAGCUCAAGCAUGUUCCACAGUCAAAGAAUGGUGUAUUCUGGAUGUCUUGGCAAGAUUUUCAGAUCCACUUUCGAUCAAUAUAUGUUUGUCGUGUUUAUCCACCUGAGAUGCGCUAUUCUGUCCAUGGGCAAUGGCGUGGCUAUAGUGCAGGUGGUUGCCAAGAUUAUGACUCGUGGCAUCAAAAUCCUCAGUAUCGACUUAGGGUAACAGGACGUGAUGCACUGUAUCCUGUCCAUGUGUUUAUUACCCUUACACAGGGUGUUGGUUUCUCUAGAAAGACAAAUGGUUUCAGGAAUUACCAAUCUAGUCAUGAUUCUUCCAUGUUUUAUAUUGGAAUGAGGAUACUCAAGACAAGGGGCUGCCGUGCUGCUUACAAUAUCUACAUGCAUGAAUCCGUUGGCGGGACAGAUUAUGUAAACUCAAGGGAGAUAUCGUGUGAAUUGGUCUUGGAACCUUAUCCGAAAGGAUACACAAUUGUGCCAACAACUAUCCAUCCAGGGGAGGAAGCACCUUUUGUUUUGUCAGUUUUUACAAAAGCACCAAUCAAACUAGAAGCUGUUUAG